AUGGGGAUAAUGACAUUUAACAAGUUAUUUUAUGCUAUUUGCAUCACUUUAGGCUUCAUUGAUCUCAGCCUCUAUGACCAAGUGAGGCUCUUGGAGAGCUGCUGGAUGGAAGUUCUGAUGAUUGGUUUGAUGUGGAGAUCCAUCGACCAUCCUGGGAAACUGAUUUUUGCACCAGACCUUGUAUUAGACAGGGAUGAGGGGAAAUGUGUAGAGGGGAUUUUGGAGAUCUUUGACAUGCUCCUGGCCAUGACCUCGAGGUUCCGGGAGCUGAAGCUGCAGCACAAGGAGUAUCUGUGUGUCAAGGCAAUGAUCCUCCUCAAUUCCAGUGAGUAUGUGCUUGCCUCUAAUGCUCACCAAAACUGCACCUUUCAUUGUUCUUUAAUGGAAGAAGAACUGAAUAUCACGUCAGCAACUGCCUAUUACUUCUUGGCAGAAAGGUCUGUAUGGGCAUUUGUGACAAUCUGGCAAUGA